AUGCUGACUCUUCUAGCUCUAUUACUCCUGUGCGUAUCCUCCCCGCUACUGAGCCUGAGUAGUCCGAGUAAAGCUGAUGUGACAGUAUGUUUCGGUCUGCUCAUGUCUGAGCUGGCGCUCUUUUGUACCAUCGUCUGCCCUAUGCCAUUCACCUUACGCAAAAAAUUGUUUCACUUCCUCAGUGAAAACCCAGUGGUGGCCAAGAUUCAGUAUGGACUGAAAAUAACAUUCAUAUUCGUAGCGGUGCUUUUCGUCGAUGCUCUUCAACGUAUGGUCCGGAUUGCUCAAGAAGGAGCUACUGCAAAGUCCAAACAGGAGAUGGCGGAUGUGAGGACAGAGACCAAUUAUGCGGCUCGACGUUUCUACGCACAACGCAAUCUGUAUCUUACCGGAGCAACACUUUUCCUGUCGCUGCUGCUUGCCCGGGUGUUUUACAUCAUCUUAGACUUCAUUCACGUUCAAGAGAGUUACUCAGCAUUGCAACAAAAGACGGCGAGACAAAGCGGGGCGAGCGGUGAGGCUGAAGAUCAGACCUCCUUUAUUCAGAUCAAAACUCUGAAAAAGCAGGCCGCACAGCAGAACGCAGAGUACAACCGUUUGGCAGAUGUGCACAACAAGGCGGUAGGUCCACUUUGUAUAUGGUGGUCCCAUUGA